UUUUUUUUUUUCCUAACUAUUGUUGCUGUAGUUGAGAUUUUUUGGCGGAAAUGGCGUGCUUACAUGAUCAUAGUUGUGAAGAUCAUGAUUGUUCAUCUGAUUGGUCUCUUUACAAGCACGUAGACCUCUCUAAGGUAACCGCUUUGAAUGAGGCUGUUCAAGGAAGUGUUAAGUCAGUUUUUAAAGCUUGGGAGCAGCGCCUUAGUUCUUCUGGGGAGCACUUGGAAAGUAAUGAGGGUGAUCCAGAGUUACUUGUUUUCAUUCCAUUUACAUCAGAUGUCAAGAUCAAGAGCAUAUCAAUUGUCGGUGGUGCUGAUGGUACAAGUCCUUCCAAGAUGAGAGCGUUCAUCAAUCGAGAUGGCAUUGACUUCUCGGAUGCUCAAAGUAUGCAAGCCAUUCAGGAGUGGGAUUUGGCUGAAAAUUUGCAAGGAGUGUUAGAAUACCAGACAAGAUAUUCUAAAUUUCAAGGUGUGGCAAGUAUCACAUUGCAUUUUCCUGAGAAUUUUGGUGGUGACACAACUCAGAUACACUAUAUUGGUUUAAAAGGUGAAGCUACCCAGUUGAAGAGAGAUGUUGUUGCAACAAUUGUUUAUGAGCUUACGCCGAAUCCUUCCGACCACAAGUAACUCUCUCUCCCUCUCUCACUCUCCACACACACGCACACAUUGAUUAGAAAGUUUUAUUUGUCCUUGUGGAAUGGUUUCAGUCAUUGGGUUUCUUUAGAAAAGAUUUUUUUGUAUGUUCUCUAUGCAUAACUAUGAGAAGAUUUGACUAAAGGUUUAAUUUUGUAAACC